AUGUGCAGCACCUCCCACAGCAGGAGCAUCACCGGUGAAGGGAUUUACUGGGUGGCAGAGGGGAGCCCAAAAGGCUUGAAGUCCGGUUUUGUGCCCGCUCCUGAAGAUCCCCAUCACUUUGGAUCUGAAGUUUCAGGUCAGCAGUUUGACCUAAACUCCGAAGAAAGAGCAAUUCAGUUGCUGUUGGGCAGUGCUGAUUUCUCCCCAGGGCAGCUUUGGGAUGGAACAGGCUCCCUGUGGGAUUCCCUCUCCCUUGGCAGCGAGGUGUAUGACAGUGAGCUGGGGGAUCCCCACUACGACCAGAGUCUGCUGGAGAAGCUCUUUUACACCACUCCUAAAUCUGAUUCCAGUUUGAGUGAUUUCCUCAGUGAUGAUGAUGUUAAAUCCUCAAAAACAUCCAAGAUAGAAACUCUCAAAAAAGCAGCUCCAGUGAUUCCACAGAAGGAUUUUCAUGCCUGUGGUCACAAUGUGACAGAAACUAAACCCAGCUGCUCUGCCACUGCUCCUCCAGAAGACCGCAGGGAAACGUCUCUUCUCACAUCCUUGGGUGCAGACAGGUUGGCAUUGCUGCAGCGAGUACACCUGGCCAGAGUCACCAUAGAAAGCCUGAAAAUCCCUCCCGAGAGCAUCCAGACCUCCCCCAGGAGGAAAGGUUUGCUGGGGAAGCCUCCACAGCCCAUGUCUGUCCAUAAGUGCACCUUCUUUGUGGAGUACCACUUUCCUGUGAGGGUCUCCAAGGAUGGCAGAGGACAGGUCUCCAUAGCAACAGAAGCAAUUCGAGUAGCCUCAAGUAAAAUCACAGAUGAUGUGGUGAGGUUCCAGCAGCAGUCUGUGUUCCCUGUGUGGCUGGGGGGAAGGAUGAUGCAGCACUGGUGGGGCUCUGACCUGGCUUUUAAAAUCUACAUGAGAAAAAGCACACAGAAAAAGGCUGUGGCCAUUGGCUCAGCAGCACUUGAGCUCCACAGGGUGAUUGAGGCUGAGCUGCUCAGUGUCAGCUGGGACCUACCUGUAGAAAAAGAGGGAGAUCACACACAAGUUGGGCCUCUAAAGGUGUCCCUGCAGCUUGUGGCCAGCAGCGCUGCCAGGGCAGCCCCAGCUCCCCAGGGCCUGCAGGAGCCCAGCAGGAGGGGAAGUGCAGAAAUCCCUCUCUGCUCCACAAGGAGCCCCGAGGAGCGCCAGGAACCAGGAGCAGGCGGCAGGGAUGCCGCGCAGCCGCCGCGCCCAGCCUGGGCUGAGGUGAAGCUCAUGGCCCCAGCUGAGGACCAGGGCUUGCUGCUGCUCGUGCUCCUGAUGGUGCCUGAUGGAAAGGACUUCACUGCUGAAGGCUCUGGGCUCCCCAGUCCCUGCAGUGUGUAUUUGAGCUGCAAACUGCUCGGCACUGAGGAGGCAACGAGAUCCACUGUCGUCUGGGGCACGAGGCAGCCUGCCUUUAAUUUUUCUCAGGUGAUGCCUUUUUCAUUGACCUCCAAACACUUGGAGGGGCUGAAGAACAAUGUCAUGAUUAUUGAAGCAUGGAACAAGCUGGGAAGCCCUGGCUCUGACAAAUUGCUGGGAUUAGUGAAACUCCCUGUGCAACAGUUUUACAUCUCGUUCAAGGAUCCCAGGGUUUCCCAGCUGCUCCUGCAGGCUCAGUGCCCAGCGGUGGCUGUGGAUGGCCUCGUGCCCGUGGUCGAUGUUUUCACAGGCAGCACUCGCGGCAGCCUGAGGGUCACCCUGGAUGGAGCAGCUGAGCAGAUCGUGGCCCUGCAGAGGCUCAAAUCUGAGGGGGGAAUGGUGCCUCCAGUCACACAGCGUCCUCCCCACUCCCUGGACCACCCAGCCACACAGCCCACACUGCAGUUAGAUCCAGGAGGGGCAGGCCUGAUGGAGCACGUGUUUGAGAUCCACGUGGAGAGUGUGAAGGGACUCACUGCCCUGCAGUCCACGGUCUGGGGAGAGGCUGACUGUUGCAUCCAGUGCUAUUUCCCAGGUCGGGCUGCCUGUGGGGCACUGCAAGGACCUGAACUGCAUGAGGAUGCUCAUUCUGCUUGACUUCUAGGCAUCACAUUAAAGCCAUUUAGAACAGCUACCACUUUGUGUGUCCCUGAUCCCAUCUUCAAUGAUGAACAUCAUCAUUGCCUGUUGGUUCCUGCUGAUGUCCCAGUCCAGAGGCUCCUGGUCAGUGCAUUUAUGUCACCAGGAGCAGCAGGAGGAGGAAUCCAGUUUGAAGUCUGGUGCAGGUAUUAUUACCCAAAUGUCAGAGACCAGCUGGUUGCCAAAGGGGCCCUGCCUUUGUCACGGCUCUGUGCCAUGGUGACUCUGCAGCACCGCGAAGAAAUAGGGAUUCAAACUUUUAACCUUCCCUUGGUCCCCCGGAGUGAUUCCUCAGAGCAAUUUCAUCUGCGGUCUUCAGGUUUGCUCAAUGUGAGUGUGAGGUACCAGCAAUCCCUGAAAACAGCAGCUGGAAUAACUGCUCAAGCUGUUUCUCUUUCUGUACAAAUACACCGGGCAGCUGGUUUGCAGGCAGCAGCCAGGGCUGUGGCCCAGAAGAACCCCUCUGUGCAGUACCAUGCAGGGGUGGGAGUGAACGCCUACGUGUGCGCGCUGCCGUCCUUCCUGCCGCCGGCGCAGGCGCGCCGCACCCGGGCCGUGCCCUGCUCCUUCUGCCCCGAGUUUGGGCAUCACCUGCACUUCCUCUGCCAUCUCAGCACUCAGAAAAGCAGUGGAGAAGCCUCUUCUCUGGGAGAGCUCUUGGAGUCUGGCAGUAUUUUUUUCUCAAUCUACCAUCAGAGCACCAAGUCAGGCACUGACAAACUGGCUGACAGAACAUCCAGAGAUUAUCUUCUUGGGACAGUCACGAUCCCAACCAGAGACCUGCUGACAAGGAGAUCAGGUGUUUCAGGCUGGUUCCCAGUGAGCCUCUCCGAGGAGCCGCUGUCCCCACACUGCUCCAGCGCCCUGCAGGCCGUUGUGGGAGGGCUGGAGCUCUCUGUGGCCUUUGCCCACCAGGGUGACAGGGAGCGCGUUCUGGAGGCUGCCAGGCUCCUGGGCUGGAGCAGCGAGGAGCUCCACGAGGACAGCGAGGACUGGGAGCAGAGUGCCAGCCCGGUGGCCGUGACCAUCUCCACGCCCCGGCUGUGGCUGCCCCUGCACUGCGUGCUGCUGGCAGGGCAGGCACACCUGCACAGGAGCACCCACUGCUACCUCAGGUACAAACUGUACAACCAGCAGCCCACCUGGACGUGGCUGCGGCGGCCAGAACUGAGCGACGACGCCGAGAGCGUCACCGUGAGCUUCAGGAAACCCAGCAAGGUGACUCUCAGAAGGAGCCAGGGGCUGCUGUGGUUCUUCAGGGAGGAGAAGUUAGAAAUCCAGGCGUGGUGGGCCUAUGGCAAGGAAAAUGAGGUGGAAAGACCCCUGGACACAGAUCGUCUCAUUGGAUCUGCCUACGUCGACCUGGCAGCGUUGGCAGAGCGCUCCAGGAGAACGCUGAGUGUCAGUGGCGUGUAUCCCCUGUUCAGAAGCAAUGCUGCAGACCUGGCAGGAGCCGCCGUGCGCGUUCACGUUAGCCUGGCUCCUCCCGCCCUGCCCAGAGCUCCCUGUGCUGAGCAGUGCAGCAGCAGCAGCGAAGGUGAAGGCACAGGGGACAGCCCUGCUCUGGGCCAGCAGCUCUCUGACAAGCAGCAGGUGGAUGUUGAGAGUUCAGGGAUCACCAAUGGCCAGCCGCAGGAAGAGGACGUGGUGUUUCUGGAAAACACAGUUGCUGUCAGUAUCCUCGUGGAGAGAGCAAUGCACCUAAGUUUAAAAGGAAGUCCCUUGACAGAGCGUGAAGUGGCAGCCCCCAGCAGCUGUGUGUCAUUUGCUGUGGCUGGAGCAGAUGCUCCACUCACCACUCCAGUCAUAGCAAAUACAGACUCACCAGUCUGGGACUUCCAGCAGCAAGCAAGAUUAUCCAAAGAGCUUCUCCUGGAUCCACAGCAAACCUUGGUCUUCAAGGUGUGGCAUAAAGCAGAGUCGGAGCGAGUGAUCGGGUUUGCGUCCGUGGACCUGUCUCCACUGCUCUCUGGCUUCCAGCUGGUGUGUGGCUGGUACAACAUCACUGACUUCAGCGGGCAGUGCCGGGGGCAGAUCAAAGUGGCCGUGUCCCCUCUCCAGAACAUCCACAGUCUCCGAGAGGAAAGGCAGGCCAGGGCCCGCAGCCAGCCGGGAAGCUCUGCGGUGAAGGUCAGCUUUCCAGCAUGUCCUGGUAAUUCUGCACACUUGUCCAAGCAGAUGUUGAACUCCUCGUCGAAGGAAGUCAGUGUUCCCACUCGAGAGCACAGGAGGGGCCCCGCUGGCACACAGCCCCCCCGGCACGAGGAGCACAUGCAGAACGUGCGCCGCUUCCACGAGUCCCUGCAGCGGGCAGAGGGGAGCCCACGGCGAUUCCAGGAAUCCCUGCAGCAAGAGGACAGGAGUGGGAAUGCACAGCACCCUGCCCGGAGGGACACGGCACCGCCGGCCUCGCGCGCCGCGCUGCUCACCGCGCUCAGAAAGAACUUGAGUGAGCUGGAUGAGGUUCAGAGAUACUUCAGUGAGAAGCUGACCAGGUCUUUUCCCGACUUCAGCGCGUCCAGACCAGGCCAUGAGGAGUGGGAGAGUGACCAUCAGGGCUCCCUGGGCAGAGAAGGGGAUCCCAAAGGCUGCCAUCUCUUGGAAAAAUCCAGUCAGUUGGUGUCCCAGGUCAGCAGCCUCAUCAAUGACUUGCAGACUAUAACUAAGAACAGCAAGGCAGCUUCUGAGGCGCAGCAGGAGAGCAGCAGGAAGCUGGGUGCCUUGGCUGGAGGCAGCCCUGCAGCUCCUGAGGGCCAGCUGGAGGUGCCAGCUGUGCCCGCUGUUCCCAGGGACCCGCAGCAGCCGUGCCCUGCUGGCAGAGCUGUGUUUGGGAGACACAUGCUGCACCAGCUCCUCGGCCCCAUUGUCCCUGAGGAUGAGCAUCCAGUGGGUGUUGGCCAGGAAAAUGAAGGUGCUUUUGCCACCCAGCCUCACAGUGAGGAGGAAUAUGAAGAAGAUGUAAUAGAACCACGAACUCUAAAUGAAAUAACCACCAUGACAGACAGGACGAGCCCCUGGUCCAGCAUCAUCUCUGAAACAGGGCAGGGGGCUGAGCUGCAGCCUCUGGAGCCCAGGCCUGAAGAGCAGCAUUCCAUAGAUGUGGGGUAUUUCCAAAGAGGGAACAGCAGCACCUUGUCCAGCGUGCUGCAAGGGGACAGCCAGAGCCUGCUCAGUGCCCUGAGCCCACCCUUGAGCCCCCACACGGGUGGGAACAGCCCCUGGGGAGCAGCAGGAGACUUCCAGGGCUUCCACAGCAGCACAGGAGCAGCAGCAGGAGAUUUCCAGACCAUGAAGGAAAGUGUGGAGCUCCAUACAGGCGCCAAGGAGCUGCUGCCAUCCCCAGGAGAUGUGGGUUUGACCAAUGAAAAAAACACUGAGAGAGAGGAGGAGAAGGAUGCUGAGGCUGUAAAUGGGGAUCAUCAAGGCAAGGAAGGAAGUGGUUCUGAUGAGAACUGUGCUCAGAGUGUCUCAGCCCAAGCUGGCUCGGAAAGAAACAGCGAGAGCUUCCCUGAUGACAGCAGUGAGGACCCAGUGGAAGGCUCAGAAAACCCCAUCAAACAAAAAAUCACUUUAUCUGAUCCUGUGGUUGUUCCCAACUUCUUCCUUCCACCCCAGGAGAUGGAAGCCUCCAUGAGACUGCUCUGCACGUCUUCCCAUCCUUCCACACCUCCAAAAGGCAGGAGUGGAGCAGUGCCUGCAGGGAUCCCCUACCGCAGAGCCACUCGGCCCAGGCCCAGCCCCCAGCUCUCGCAGGAGGAAGCCAAGAGAAUCGCCAGGAUCUUCUCUGCUCAGCUCUCCAAGAAGGAAUAGUGCUGCCCAGAGACCCUGCACAGCACAGCUCCCUCAGCCAGGCAGAGCCCCCCAGGGAAGGGCAGGAGGAGGCCACAGCUUUCAGGCUCUGCUUUUAGUUUGCCUCAUGGGUUGGUUAAUUAAGUCCCCUGUUUAGAAGGGCUUAAAGCCUGUGGUCACCCACAGGGAGCUGUGUCCUGUAGGGGCAGGUCCCCAGUGAGACACACCCCUGUGGGUAACCCAUGACCUGUUUUCUGCUCUCCAGCUAGUCCAGUUUUAGGAAUUAUUCCUGUGAAAUGGCCCUUUCAAAAAUAGUUGGUGCGCAGCACAAUUCUCUGUUUCCUCAGAGAAUUCCUGUGUGAACACACACCAAGGGCACUGUAAAAUCUGUUGGGUGUACAAAAGAGGGUGACUAGAAAGAUGAGACUUUUAUAUUUAUAUUUAAAUUAUUUUUGUACACCUUUCAGAGAACAGAGUUUGAUGCCAGCAGAGCUCAGUUAUUUUUGUACUGCUCUCUCCAAUGUUUGUUUCAAUAAAAUUCCCGUUUUCUUGUCAGCCUGUGCAAAGUGUCCCUAUGCCAGGGCAGGAACUUUUCCUCAACAGUAGACAGGAGUCUCUCCCACACGAGCUUCCAGGUCAGAGAAAUGCUGCUGGAAGCUGGGGUGGCCAGGAGCACAUGGAAAGAGCAGGGCUUUGCCAAGCAGUCGAGUA